GUAUAAAAUUGAACAAGAAGAUAAUAUACAUUGGUUAAUAUGCAGAAAAAAUAGUAUAAACUUGCAAAAAUUAAUAGAGCAAAGUGCAACUAAGAAAGAGAGGAACACUGAUAUUAAUAACAUUAUGAAAAACUUAAAGAUAAUACUAAUUAUAGAGAUAAACAAACAAAAAAAGGAAGACACCGAACAAUAUAAUGAAAUUGAAACAGAAAAUAUGACUAAUAAG